GUCAUGGCAACAGGAAAUCACUGCAAAGUGGCAGAGUUCAUCCUGGCUGGGCUCUCAGAGCAGCCAGGGCUCCAGUUACCCCUGUUCAUCCUCUUUCUAGGAAUCUAUGUUGUCACUGUGGUGGGGAACCUGGGCAUGAUCAUGCUGAUCAGGAUGAACUCUCACCUGCACACCCCCAUGUACUAUUUCCUCAGUAGUCUGUCUUUCAUUGACCUGUGCGAUUCCACUGUCAUUACCCCCAAAAUGCUGGCGAACUUUGUGACAGAGAAGAGCAUUAUCUCAUACCCUGAGUGCAUGACUCAGCUCUACUUAUUCCUCAUCUUUGCUAUUGCAGAGUGUUAUAUGUUAGCUGCAAUGGCAUAUGAUCGCUAUGCUGCCAUCUGUAAACCCUUGCUUUACAAUGUCAUCAUGUCUUCUAAGAUUUGCAUUGCCCUAGUCUCAGGGGUGUAUACUAUAGGUGUCUUUUGUGCAACAAUUCAUACAGGCUUUCUGAUGAGGAUCCAAUUCUACAAGUUAAAUGUGAUCAACCAUUAUUUCUGUGAUCUCCCUCCACUCUUAAAUCUUGCCUGUUCUAGUACAUAUGCCAAUGAAUUAUUGGUCCUGUGUUUUGGUACAUUUAAUAUCUUUGUUCCAUCUCUCAUAAUCUUUACCUCCUAUGUCUUCAUCAUUGCCAGCAUCCUCCACCUUCGCUCCACUGAGGGUAGGUUCAAAGCCUUCAGAACAUGCAGUUCCCACAUCUUGGCUGUGUCUAUCUUUUUUGGUUCUGCUGCAUUCAUGUAUCUGCAAUCCUCAUCAGUCAGCUCCAUAGACCAAGGAAAAGUGUCUUCUGUCUUUUACACCAUUGUCGUGCCCAUGUUGAACCCCCUGAUUUACAGCCUGAGGAAUAAGGAUGUCAAUAUUGCCCUGAAAAAAAUGUUAGAAAGAAAAACAUGUAUGUAA